AUGUUUGUGGAGGGAGAGCGGAUCAUGAGCGCCUUCGGUCAGCAGGCCGCGGGACAGCAGGCCGGUCACGGCGCGCAGGACGUGCUGGACGUAGCCGUUUACUGCGACAACUUCAGCGCCUACCAGCACCACCAUCACCACCACCACCACCACCAUCAGCAACAGCAGCAGCAGCAGCACGCCGUGCACGCGACCGGCUACGGCCUCGGCGAGUACGCGCCCACGACCACCGGUUCCAACGCCACCAACUCCGCCGCCGCCUCCAACCCGUACCUGUGGCUGAACGGGCCGAGCAUCAGCCCCUCUCCGUACCCGUACCUGCAGGCGGGCUACGGCGCGGGACAGCGGCAGCUCGUUGCGCCCCCUACCGGCUUCGCGGGCGCAGAACUCGGCUGGCUGUCCGUGUCGAGCCAGCAGGAGCUGUUCAAGCUGGUGCGCCCGCCUUACUCCUACUCGGCCCUCAUCGCCAUGGCCAUCCAGAGCGCGCGCGACAAGAAGCUCACGCUCAGCCAGAUCUACCAGUACGUGGCCGAGAACUUCCCGUUUUACAAGAGGAGCAAAGCGGGCUGGCAGAACUCCAUCAGACACAACCUGUCCCUCAACGACUGCUUUAAGAAGGUGGCCCGCGACGAGGACGACCCAGGUAAGGGAAACUACUGGACUCUGGAUCCCAACUGCGAGAAAAUGUUUGACAACGGUAACUUCCGGCGGAAGAGGAAGCGCAGGGCGGACGCGGUCAAAACAGAAGUUGCUCCCUCGGAUACCCGCCCCGGCGGCGCGAGCGCGACCCCGUCUCCGCGCGGCCUCGGUACAUCUCCCGCCGCGAGCGAGCCGCGCUCUCCCCCGUCCCCGGAGCUCAGCCCCUGCUUCGACAGCUUCGUGAGCCACGUGAACUCUGUUUUGGUCGGAAACGGCGAAAGCGCGCGGGGCGGACCUGGCGCGCGCUCUCCUGCGCUCGGCCACGGCAGGCUGAGCUAUUACACGAGCGCGGGCGGCUUCAGCAGCUCAGUGUCCAACCACUUCAGCGUGGACAGUUUAAUAUACAACCGCGAGGGAACGGAGGUCUGA